AUGUCAAGUGAAUCUAAUGUUGACGAACAGUCCAGUACGUCUGUAUUAAACGAGCAGCCUUCUAAUAAAGAGAAUAAUCACAAAAAAUCAGCUUGUUUUUUCUGCGACCACGUCGAAAAAAAAGUUGGUAAUCGACGUAUCUAUGUUACAUUUUCAAAAUCAGAAGCAACUAUAAAUGCAAUAAAGUUAGCGGCUGAAACAUUAAAUGAUUCUCAAGUACUUUCGAAACUAGUGGACCAUCAAACUGUUGCUUAUCACUCAAACUGCUUGGCAUCAUAUCAGCUGUCUUUGAAGCGAGGAAAUGAGGAACGUUCAGAGCCAGGAUAUUGGCACAUAAAUAGACAAAUGCAUCAGUCAGCAUUUAAGACUAUUUCUGAAAUCAUAACCACCGAAAUUAUUGAAAAAAAUCGCGUCAUGUACCUCGCCGAUUUAUUUUCACAGUAUAAAGCCUUGUUGUUGGAAUUUGGAGGAAAUCAAGUUUGCGCCGAGGACUUUCAAGAUUACCGUGCAGAUAAAUUGGAAAGUAAAAUUAUAAAUGCCUUUGGGGAUCACAUUAUAGUAGAGCCAUCCAUGGGAACGCACAGAAAGAAAAUUGUUUAUCAGCAUGAUAUAGACCCCUCACGAUUAGCUGGUAAAAUUGCUGAAGUUAGUCAAAGGAAUCUAUUAUCAAAAGGCAGAGUGAAACCGUCAAAACAUCUUGCUCUAGGAUUAACAAUAAAGUCGAUGACAAAUUCAAGAAAUGUUCUUACUAUAUUAAAUAGGUAUGGUCAUACAAUAGGCUAUAAUGUAGCUGAAGAAUUAGAGACUGAAAUGACUUAUACAGCGCAAAAAGAAAAUAAUGUAGUACCAUCCGGCAUCAACAGGGUUAAUGGGCUGAGCACGCACGUUGCUUUUGAUAAUUUUGAUCGUUUCGUCGACACUGCUACUGGGAAAGACACUUUACACGAUACGGUGGGUAUUAUCUAUCAAUUCGAUCGCAAAAACCAUGAAAAACCUAAUAAUAAUGAUAUGAAGACCUUAAAUUCCUUGACGUCACAGUUAAAUAAAGUUAAAAAUGAGUCUAAUCCACCAGUUCGUAAAAGACGGCGUUUUGAAGGAAUUCCACAGGAAAUUCGGCCUUAUUACAGGAAACCUAUCACAAGUAUGACGUUUCUUUCUAUAGAUUCAAUUACAGAGACUAUCGAUGCAUACCAGUCCGCAAAACUAAUUGCAAUGGAUAAAGAUUUUCUUUGGAGUAUGUCUUUGUCACGGAUCAAAUCGGUCCCCAUGUGGUUGGGCUACAACUGCAAAAUUUCUCUUGAUCAUAGCAAAACACAAACAGUCGAGUACUUACCACCUAUAAAUGCAUCUCCAACGUCACUAGCAGUUGUUCAUGAAACUCUUAACAUUGCUAAGGAAAUUGCUCAAAAUUGUGAUCAACAACAGAUUAUUGCCACUUAUGAUUUGGCAAUAGCCAAAUUAGCUAUGCAAAUUCAACAUAAUGAAAAGCCCGAAUUCGAUAAUGUAUUUGUAAAUUUAGGAGCAUUUCACAUGCAAAUGGCAUAUUUCAAAGCCGUUGGAAAGUAUAUAGAUUCCAGUGGAUUAUUUGAAAUUUUGGUUGAAGCUGAAGCACUAGCAGGAGGAUCGAUGAAUAGCUUUUUGGAUAGCAAAUCAAUGUAA